AUCGUAAAUAUCUAUCAUCGAGUUGCGAGUUUAUUUGGUAUCGCUUUUGUAGUUUAUGUAGUUGCCUAUCUCAAUUUCUUAAAAGUCUACAAAAACCAAAAAUAAAAUUUCUGCAGAUUUUUGUAAUGAUUUGGGACCAAGGUGUAAGUAACUUUAUCGUAGCUUUAUUGUUCACAAAAUGGAUUUUACAAUCUUCAAAUGACACUCUGCAAAUAAAUCAGAUUUUUAAUAACGUUCCGUUCAAUAAGAGACUUGUUUCAACAUUUAGAAAUCUUUAUAAAAAUGCUGAAAAUACUCAAUUAGACUUAAACAUAGCUGGGUACCAUGAUCUGCAAAAUUUAAAGGGUUCAAAUGUUUAUUCAUAUGAAGUCCAAAAUCUUUUAAGUUGGCAAAAUGCAUAUCAUAGAGGCGAUCUAAGAUUGCACUCAGAAUUGCAGUUGAGUAUUUUACCAGUCAAUGCUGUGCAUAAAGGCGAUAAAAAAAUUAGCAAUUCAUUACAAACAAUUUCUAAUGUAUUUAUUGAUGAUGGGUAUGAUUCAAGUGGAUUGAGUUUAGAUUCUCCAACAUCUAGCACAUUAUCAGAAACCAGACCUGAUUAUUUAUUUUCAUCCUCAUCACCGCCAUUCUCUGAUAAUAAUUUUGAAAAUUUUAGUAGCUUACCUGGAGCUUAUUCAGCUGAUUUUGACAUAGAUGAUCUUCUAGAUAAUAAUGAUUUAAAUUUAGGUGUUGAAACAAAUUACAAAUCUCAAAGUUGUUGUAAUGAAAAAGAAAAAUUAAGUUGUUUAAAUCCAUUUUCAAAGAUAUUAGAUAUAGAUCAUGAUUUGGAUUAUGUUUCUUCCCCUCUUAAAAGCCCAUCAUUUGAUGAGUUUUUAACAAGUCCUAAUCAAGGCUUUUUAACAAAAUAUGGGAUUGAUAUAUCUUUUGAAGACCCAUUUGAAAUUUGUUUCACUAAUUCAUCUUUAAAAGAAAAGUUAUUAGAUAGUUCAUUAAAUAUAGAAGACUAUGAUAUAAAUGAACUAAAGCUAGAAGAAGAUGUCGAUAGAGCUCUAGUAGAGUCAUUAUCUCCUAAUGUAUCAAAAUACAAAGUAAUGAAUGAUGAAAGUAAUGAAGUAUCAAAAGCGCUCAUUGAAAAAAAUGCAUUUGAAGUUGAUCAUGACUACUACCAGAGGUCAGAUUCAAGUUUAAAUUAUACAACUAAAAGUUACCUAAAUGACGUUGCAGUAGGUGCCAGGCAGUUAACAGAGUUAUCUCAUACCUUUGCUCCAUCUCAUUCUGUCACAAACUCUAAGGAAACAAAAUCAGAAAAUAUAUGGCCUGAUUUUCCAUACACAUCAGAAGAACUUGUUACUAUGCCAGUUGAUACUUUCAACGAAGUUAUUAAAUUGUUAGAUGAAAUCAGAAAACACAUUGCAAAAGAUGUUAGAAGAAAAGGAAAAAAUAAAUUUGCUGCUCGUGGUUGUCGUAAAAGGAAAAAUGAUCUAAUUAAGUGUUUAGAUAUUGGCGUAGACGAACUUAUCAGGAAAAAAAACAACCUAUUAGAUGAAAGAAAUAAAAUCAUUGCAGAAACUUUAGAAAUUAGGAGAAAAACAAUGUGGUUAAACAGCUACAUAUUUAUGCAUCUGAGAGACAGUAAUGGAGGACUAUAUUCUUCUGUUGAUUACUCAUUACAGUACACAUCUGAUGGUAAUGUUUAUAUUGUUCCGAGUGACAAAACAAGCAAAGUACACAUCUGAUGGUAAUGUUUAUAUUGUUCUAAAUGACAAAAUGAGCAAAGUAAUAAAUAAGUUUCAAAAGAUCAAUUUUUACUAUUAUAAAAUGUUCAAAGAUCCUGUAGUUUUUUGAAAUAUUUAUGUUUUGUCGAAAAAGUAUUUAUAUUUGUCAAAAAAAUAUUAACUGUUAGAGUUUAAGUUUGUAUAUACUUUGUAAAUAUGAUGUAUAAAUGUUUUUGAAAUUUUUAAGAAUUUUCUCUUAAA